AUGCGUGAUUUUCUCCUGCGAAGGGUAAACCACCUGUACCCAGAAGAGGAGGAGGAAGUGGAGGAGAAGGAGGAGGAGGGAGGGGAGGAGGAAGAAAAGGAGAAGGAAAAAGAGAAGAAACCAUCCGUCCGACAGCAGCUAAUCAAGUCCAUCACCGCGAUGCAGUUUUCGUUGCUCAAUGACGAUUUUUUGAACGACCAGCUCAACGCAGACCACGCUUGGAUGGAGGCUGUACUGUUUAACUGUCACUGCAGCGAUGAUGCUCCCUUCCCAUCGGAACUUGCCCAGAUACUGCCUGAAGAUAAUUCACAGGAAGUGGCUCGGUGGUAUGACUUCUCUCACCCAAUCCACCUGCGACCCAGUCAUGAAACGCCCCUCCACCUAAUCUACCAGUACUACGAGGCAAUCUGA